GGAGGGAAAUAAUGCCAAAUCGUGUGUCUGCUACGAGAAAAUAGGAGCGAAGAACAACGAUGGAAACUGAGAAUUUAUCGGCUCUGAGAAUUCGCGUCGUGAAAUUCCUAAUUCAAUCUGCUCAUGAUCUCGAAUUGGCUCCAAUUGUCAAAUAUGCGGCGUUGUCACUUUUCGCUGAUAGAUUCUACCAGUCGAUUUCUGGGUUCACCAGCAGCAAUAACUCAGGAAAUUGGCUUCUGCAACCAAUCACAGAAAGCAAUUUGCAGUUAUUUGCACUUGUUUCCCUAUGGAUUUCUAGCAAAUCCCACUCUUCUCAUCCCCUUUCAAUAAAACUUCUCAAGUCUUUUGGGGAUAAGAUGAUUAAGGAACAACAUUUCAUGACCCGAGAUUUCUUGGAUGCAGAGGUCAUAUUCAUGCAGGUAUUGAAUUUCGAGAUCGGUACUGCACAUAUCACUUUUAUAUAUCUCGAAGAACUUCUUAUUCAGUUCAAGAAAGUAGCGAAAGUUGGGGAGCUUGUAAACUGGGAAGCAUGCAUGGAUGUAAUGGAUCUUCUUUAUGAAAAAGAGGAGACAUCUGUAUUUUAUAGUUCUCCUUGUUCUCUAGCUGCUUCCAUCUUGGUUGCUUCAUAUCUCAUCACUGUUCCAGUUCAAGAGUGGGAAUUUCCAAUCCUUCCCUGGGUCAAGUUUGUAAUGCCAUUCAAAGAAGAAGAUAUUAUACAGGAAGUCAAAGAUAUUCUAGUUCACGUUUUAGAGACUUGAUGCUAGAGAGAAGUACAAGAGGAGAGGCUUGAAAACAGAGCAGUUCCUUCAAGUCAUGAAGUGUAAGUUCUGUUGAUAUUGUGUGCUGUCUUUUUGGCUUAUUUGUUGAAGUUUUUAGGUUAUAGAGAAAUAGAAUCGGAGCAGGUUUGAAAAAGGAUCUUAGAGUGUCUAGGAUUGAAGAGCGAGAAAAAGACUUCACAGAUCGUCGAAGGUUAGCAUACUGUUUUUAAUGAUGAAUACCCUGUCUUUGUGAGAAAUACCAUUCGUUUUGAGUCUUGAAGUAGGCUGAUAAGAAAACAAUAACCAA